AGCUGACCACCUCCUGGCUCUUUUUAAUAAACAGCUGAAAUGGCUCUGGACGGUAAAACUGCGAUAGUGACAGGAGCGGCGAUGGGAAUAGGGAAAGCGAUAACGGAGAUUCUUCUGAAAAACGGUGCUAAGGUUGCCGUCCUGGACGUGAAUAAAGUUGAAGGAGAGAAUCUAGUUAAAGAUCUGAAUAAAGAGUAUGGAGCAGACCGAGCCCUGUUCCUGAGCUGCAAUGUUGAAUCAGAUGAGGAGUUCAAAGCUGCCUUUCAGAAAGCUGCAGAAACCUUUGGUGCAAUCGACAUCUUGUGCAACAAUGCCGGCAUCUUGAAUGAGGAGAAGUGGCAGGAUAUGAUCUCCAUAAACCUCGCGGGUGUUAUUAGGGGGACUUACCUGGCGCUGGAGCACAUGCGCAAGACGAAUGGAGGUCGAGGAGGGGUCAUCGUCAACGUAGCAUCUAUGGCAGGUCUGGGCCCUUUGCUUACCUGUCCUGUCUAUACGGCUACCAAGCACGGAGUGAUCGGAUUUACUCGAGCCGUUGCGGCUGCCUCUGCAGCAUCAGACUAUGGAAUACGGGUCAACACUCUUUGUCCAAGUUUUGUUGAAACUGAACUUUUUACCACAAUCAAACACAAACUGGGACAAUUUGCCCACCUGGAGGGUGUAGCCAACCAGCUUGUGGAAAUGUUUGGGGUGUUAAAUACACCUGAGGUAGCAGAGUGCAUCCUUGAACUGGUGACAGAUGAGACCAAAAAUGGAGAGGCCUUCAUGGUGCGCACAGAAAUGAAAGGUUAUGUCCCUUUUCCAUCACUAAGUAGCACCGAUAAACCUUGAAACCAUCAUGUUGACAUCUGAUAUCAUUCCCUAAGUAUGUAGCAGAUAUGUGAAUAAUAAAAAAACAAAAAACCUUCAAGCAUAAUUUCUUGUGUCUUUAUUUAAACUGCUGUAACCAACUGGAAAUCUGACGAAAGUAGAAAAAAGGUUAUCUAGGAGACCAAAACUGCACCUGCUCUGCUAGAUUACAAUCCCAUUUAUGAAUCUGGUUCAUUCUCAGAAAGUGCAGCAGUGCUUGUGUGACAUCUAUUUGCCACGGCAAAAGGGAGGAUGCACUCAUAUCUGACACUCCUGCCCUGCCCACCUGAGCCUGAACUCCAGUGUAUGGAAGAGAGAGAGCCGAGAACAGAGGGGGUCACAGCAAUUAGGGAUAAAACUGAAUUGUCUUAGGUUUACCCAAAAACUUAAUUCUGUUCAUCUGGAUGUAGCGUUUUCAGUGGGAGAAAUGUUUCAUCACUCAUCCCAUUGACACUUUAGGUUUCCCCAACCGUAUAAACAGGACAUUUGCAUAUUGACUGAAACUAGCAUCACUGACUAACAUGGUGAAAGAUCUACCCUUAGGCUCCUUUUUGGGUCAGAAAUAGUCUUUCCCUUUUCACGUAAAUGACGUCUUUAACCAGUCCUUGAUCCUUACAAUUUCAAAACUGGCUUGGAACAAUCUGGAAUGGGCUCUUUGG